AACAGGUGGGAAGAAAGAAGACAGCGGGACGGGUCAAUCUUCUUUCACACAGCUUCAUCUCUAAAGAGAGAGAAAAAAAAUUCUAACAAUGGCCGUCUCCUUUACUUGACAUGUAAAACACCUUCCCCUGACCUUCACACCUCUCCCUUCACCUUCAGUAUUAAUGAACUUCUAAUCACCAGAGAAAGACAAGGGCAAUCAAGGGCAAGAGUAGGAGGAAAAGGGAAGGAAACCCUUCAUAGUCGGUCCUUUUUAUUUGGUACCUACCUCCCGCCCGCUGAUCUGCCGGCCAGGGCUGACCUCUGCCACCGUAAUUUCAUCGCAGCCUCCGCAAAACCCAGUUGGGUUCCUGCUCUCCUAAGAUUCUUUUUGUGGGUUUCAUGCUGGCUGAAGGAAGCUCGUCUGUACCUCUCAUGGAUAGAAAUGCAAGCUUUGAAGAGAAGGAAAGUUUAAGGAAGGGACUUGAGUUGGUGAAACCUGCCAUGGAUAAACAUAUGGAUCUUCUGAGACCGGCAGCUAGAAACCUUUCAGUAUUUAGAGGGCAACCGUCGCCACCGCGUGGAUUGGAGCAGGAAAAGGGAAAGUACUCGCUGAUCAGAGAUCCUGAGGAUUUCCUAGCAGGGGGUGCAUUCGAUAAGCCCCUACCUUGCUUUGGUUGUGGAAUAGGGUGGUUUUCCUUUCUUUCUGGGUUUUUGUUCCCACUCAUGUGGUACUAUGCCACAAUCCUUUACUUCGGAAACUACUACCGCAAAGAUCCCAGGGAAAGAGCAGGCCUUGCUGCAGCAGCAAUCGCUGCAAUGGGUUGCUCUGUUGUAUUGGUGCUCAUACUAGCUUAUUGUCUCUUGUUUUGAUCAUUCGAGAAUUGAGAUCACUCCAGGGCAAAAUUAAAUGUGCAAGAGAAAUGCAUCAAUUAGUUGGUGGAUUAUUGGAAGACGGCUGUGUUAUAUAGAGUGUCUAGUUCAUACAUAGACUUCAAUUGUAAAGUAUCGAUUUCAUCACAGAAGUUUAUUAUUUCGCGCCAGGCAAAUUGUUAUUUCAACGGGGUUGAAUCUUUUGUAAGAUUUCGAUUGGAAAUGAGAAUGAAGUCAUGAUGAAUAAAGCUAUAAGAUUCGAGUAGCAAACCAGAA